UCUCGUUCGCUGCAGCGUAACUCUUAGCGUCUCCGGCUCAGCGCAAUGGCUAACAUAGAAGCUUUCUUAGGCAAAUGGCGCCUGGUCUCCAGUGAAGGUUUUGAGGAUUAUAUGAAGGAAUUGGGUGUAAACAUGGCAUUGAGAAAGAUAGGAAAUAUGGCCAAGCCGGAUCUUCUCAUCACCAAGAAUGAUGCUCAAAUCACAAUCAAAACCGAAAGUACUUUCAAAACCAUAGAAGUCAGCUUCAAGUUGGCAGAAAAAUUUGAUGAAAACACAGCCGAUGGUCGAAUAACUCAGACCCUCAUCACUUUAGAUGAUAACAAUGUAUUGACCCAGGUCCAGCAGUGGGAUGGCAAAGAGACCACAAUAACAAGGAAGAUAGAAGAUGGGAAAAUGAUAGUUGAAUGUGUCAUGAAUGGUGUCAAAUGUACUCGUGUCUACCAAAAAGUAUGAAGAGAGUGGCUUCUGUGUUGGAGUGGAGAGUGGCAGAUCAUUCUCGAAAGAGGACUAGUCCAUAUUUUUUCUUCUUUUCUUUCUAACCUAGAUUUUUUAAAACAUCAUGUGGAAGAAGCAGUACUGUAUGCAAUUUAAUUUCAACCCCUUGAUGACAGUGAUUAAAUUUUAAAAUUUCAAAAGA